UCUGGACUAGGGACCCGCUCCCGCUCUCCCACUGCAGGGUCAAAGUGCUCUGCCCCCUCCGCCCUCCUGGAAGAUAUCUUCCCCGCAGGGCGCCCCCUGCCCCGCGCCCUCACCCUCAGUGGGCUGUGGGGACUACAGGCCCAAGCAGGUGGAGGGAAGUUCUGGGUUCUGAAUUCUGGACUGAGCGAGGUGCGCUGGUCUCAGCCGGCUGCACCGCCUGUAGCGGCGGCAGGAGUAGGAGAGAGGGAGGCACCCGGAGCGUGCGCGCACCAGUCUGUUCAUAUUUAAUUUACAAAGGAUCCUCGGAACCCCCGGUCGGGUGGCCUCUUUAGCUGCCGCGCUCCUCGCCCCUCUUUCUCCCCCACCUCCUCAGCUCAUUAAAAUGCUCAACACUCAAAUCGGGAGAUUGAUCUCCGAGGCCCCAAACCCGUGCUAUCGACCCGCUGCCAGAGACCCCACCUCCCGGGGUGAGAGCUGGAGGGCCACGGGCGUCCGAGGAGCUCAGUGUCUACAGAAAGGACCGAGGAAGGCGGGGUUCUGCAUGUCUCCCGGAGCCUAGACCCCUUUCCAGAUUCUGGCCAGCAACUCUGUCUCCAGGGCUGCCUUGGGCUUUGCAGGGAGACAGAAAUAGAGUUUUAGCCAAAAGCCUCGACAUUCCUGCGCCUCCACCUCCUUGUUGCUAAAAGAAAUGUGGGGGUUUCGCCAGAGACAGGGAGUGAGAGUCGGGAACAGCGAGUACGAGUCUGCUGAGGCCGGCUGUUGUGUGAGGGUGUGAGACGGUGGGGCGGGGGCGGGCCGCGGAGGCUGUAGGGGACAGUGUGUGGGGUUGACGGUGUUUUUGCUUGUGAGGCUGUGAAUAUAUUGGCGUGUCGGGGAGAGGCAGAGAGAUACUCGCCUUAAGUUCCUAGCCCACAGUGCUCAAGAGGAGCAGAGGUUCUGUAACCAUCCCUUUCGGUGCCGCUGUCUGCUGCAGUCCCGGGGCUCCAUUCGCCUCCAGCUGGCAAGACCUGAAGAUGAGGCGCUUGGUCCUCUCAGGCUGGUUUCCUGGGAGCGUAGGCUGAUACCCGCCCGCGCCGCCCCACCCGGCGGGGCGCACAGGCCUGUGCCUUGGGCUUUGGGCUUCAACGCCGGUUUAGCCACAAAAGACGAGACUUAAGGAGUCUGGCUCAAGAGGUCUGCCUGCGCCACAGCCUGCAUUUGCAAAAAGAGUUUAAAGGCAAAGACAGGCCACCCCCACUUUAGUCGUGCGCCCUUCCUUCCCUCAAAUUCCUCAAAAAUGGUUUGUCUCACGUGUUGCGGGGCGUAAAAGCGGCUCACAUUCAGUUAGCAGCGGAGCUCACUGGCCCUGGCGGGACCCGCGCGUGAGGCCAAAGCAACAGAUGCGGGAAGCACUUUGGGGCUGUCGUCCUGGCUCCGCGACAUCAAGUCUGGAGAAGGGGUUGCAGACGAGGGCAGCGCACGGGGAAUCAGCGAACAGCGGGAUCCGCGAUGGUGCCCUUGCUGGUCCUGUGGUUGGUUUGGGCACUGCUAGGAGUGGCUGGAGCGUGCCCGGAACCGUGUGCCUGCGUAGACAAGUACGCGCAUCAGUUUGCCGACUGCGCCUACAAGGAGCUGCGCGAGGUGCCAGAAGGACUGCCGGCCAACGUGACCACGCUUAGUCUGUCAGCCAACAAGAUCACUGUGCUGCGGCGCGGGGCCUUCGCCGACGUCACGCAGGUCACGUCGCUGUGGCUCGCACACAAUGAGGUGCGCACGGUGGAGCCCGGCGCGCUCGCUGUACUGAGCCAGCUCAAGAACCUCGACCUGAGUCACAACCUCAUAUCCAGCUUCCCAUGGAGCGAUCUGCGUAACUUGAGCGCGCUGCAGCUUCUCAAAAUGAACCACAACCGCUUGGGCUCGCUGCCCCGGGACGCACUCGGUGCGCUGCCCGACCUGCGCUCCCUACGCAUCAACGACAACCGGCUGCGUACACUGGCUCCUGGCACCUUCGACGCGCUAAGCGCGCUAUCACAUCUGCAACUCUAUCACAACCCCUUCCACUGCGGUUGUAGCCUUGUGUGGCUGCAGGCCUGGGCCGCGAGCACCCGGGUCUCGUUACCUGAACCCGACUCCAUUGCGUGCGCCUCGCCUCCCGCGCUGAAGGGGCUGCCGGUGCACCGCCUGCCCGCCCUAUCUUGUGCACCGCCCAGCGUGCGUCUGAGUGUCGAGCCGCCGCCUGAGGCACCAGGCAGCCCCUUGCGUGCCGGCCUGGCACUCAUGCUACACUGCGUCGCCGAAGGACACCCCACGCCCCGCCUGCAAUGGCAACUUCAGAUUCCGGGUGGCACUAUAGUCUUAGAGCCGCCGGUCCUGAGCAGGGAAGACGAGGGGGACGAGGUGGAAGACGGGGAGGGGGAAGGAGAUGGGGACGAGCCGACGCAGACGGAGGCCCCAACCCCGACUCCAGCACCCGCUUGGCCCGCGCCCCCAGCCACUCCGCGCUUCCUGGCUCUCACAAACGGCUCCCUGUUGGUGCCCCUCCUGAGUGCCAAAGAAGCAGGAGUCUACACAUGCCGUGCCCACAACGAGCUGGGCGCCAACUCCACAUCAGUACGCGUGGCGGUGGCCGCUGCCGGUCCCCCAAAGCACGCUCCUGGCGCAGGGGGAGACCCUGAUGGGCAGACCCCGACCUCUGAGCGCAAGUCCACAGCGAAAGGCCGAGGCAACAGCGUCCUACCCUCCAAGCCCGAGGGAAAAAUCAAAGGCCAGGGCUUGGACCGGGUUAGCGUCCUCGGGGAGUCCGAGGGGCUGGAGGAAGCGGAGGCAGGUGAGGGAGAGGAGGCGGAAGACCAGGUAUCUGCGGACCCUGUGGAGGAGCAGCGGUGUGGCCACGGGGACCCCUCGCGGUACGUGUCCAACCACGCGUUCAACCAGAGCGCAGAGCUUAAGCCGCACGUCUUUGAGCUGGGCGUCAUCGCGCUGGACGUGGCGGAGCGCGAGGCGCGGGUGCAGCUGACGCCGCUGGCGGCGCGCUGGGGCCCUGGGCCAGGCGGGGCAGCAGGAGCCGGGCGGCCCGGGAGGCGGCCCCUGCGCCUGCUCUAUCUGUGCCCUGCUGGGGGCGGCGUAGCAGUGCAGUGGUCGCGGGUGGAGGAGGGCGUCAACGCCUACUGGUUCCGCGGCCUGCGGCCUGGCACCAACUACUCCGUGUGCCUGGCCCUGGCAGGCGAGGCUUGCCACGUGCAAGUGGUGUUCGCCACCAAGAAGGAGUUGCCCUCUCUGCUGGUUAUCGUAGCGGUGAGCGUGUUCCUUCUGGUGCUGGCCACCGUGCCCCUGCUGGGCGCCGCCUGCUGCCAUCUGCUGGCCAAACACCCGGGCAAGCCCUACCGUCUUAUCCUGCGGCCGCAGGCCCCUGACCCCAUGGAGAAGCGCAUCGCCGCCGACUUCGACCCGCGUGCCUCCUACCUCGAGUCCGAGAAAAGCUACCCAGCAGGCGGCGAGGUGGGCGGUGAAGAGCCAGAGGAGGCCCCCGUGGAGGGCCUUGACGAAGAUGCGGAGCAGGAGGACGCAGGUGGGGACCUGCAGAGGGAGGAGAGCCUGGCGGCCUGCUCGCUGGUGGAGUCCCAGUCCAAGGCCAACCAAGAAGAGUUCGAGGCGGGCUCUGAGUACAGUGAUCGGCUGCCCCUGGGUGCCGAGGCGGUCAACAUCGCCCAGGAGAUUAACGGCAACUACAGGCAGACAGCGGGCUGAGCCCGGAGCCCGCCUGGCCCUCCCAUUCCCAUCCCCCACCUGGAUGCCUGGGAGCAGAAGCCUAGGGCUGGCAGGAUUUAUGCCCCCCACCCUCGUCCCCGCCACCUUCACUUACUCUGCCCCCUUAUGACCCCCUAACCUUGACUACCGGGGACUUCUAGUGGGGAGUGGGACGAUUUCACCAGUCCGCCGCCACCUACGACCAUAAUUGUCCUUGUGGGCUGAAUUCCCCUCCACGGCAAGCACAGUUCCCUGCUCCUCCCUCCCCAUAUAAGACAUUACCCGCUGACCGUGAGGCGAAAUCCACGCCUCUCCAUUCCCAUCGCAAUUGUUACCUGCCCAGCAGCCGGCCCCAUCGUGGGCUCUGGAGCCACAGGAAACCGGAGAAGACGUUGGAAACGUCUGGCGGUAACGGUGUGGCUCCAGGGUCAGCCCGGGACCCCUAGCAGAUGUCCCUAGCGUGGAGCGCUGUGGGGUCCCGCCCCUACCCCUGCUCCGCCCUUUCCGGGGUGCACAUCCCAGAAGCCAGGAGUCAGUGGUCACUCCCUAGAUUUUACUUUCAAAGCCCUCUUCCGACUGGGAACCAAACCCUUCUAUUCCCUACCCCCAUUCAGCUUCCCACCGGCUGGAGCCGAACCCCGUGCCUGGGGCACCUUUCAGCUCCCCGCUCCGAUUUUCAUAUUUUCGUUGUUUUCAAAGACAGCGACACUCCGGGUCUGGUGCUAACACUCCCUUCCCAGCCUCUGGGAAAACUGGGAGUGUGUGUGUGUCGGGUUUGGGGGGGGCGGGAAAUGAAGCAGGGGGGGAAUCCGUUUUCUCUCGCCCUCUCUCCUAACUUAAAGCGGUGCUGAACCGCGCGCCCUUUUUCCGCCGAGGGUGCGGGCUUGGUCCCGGGCCAAAUUCGUUGUCGCUGAGUUGGGGUCUCCGGAGAUCAGUGCACUCGACAGCUCCGCUUCCGCUGCUGUAAGACCGGCCCAGACGUCAGCUCGAAAAGCGCCAGCGCCGGGGGCAUGGGAACUGUGGCCUCCUGGCUGGGUCUCUGGUGAGGACGUGCGCCCCGGUCCUCACAAAGCCUGCGCGUGACCGUGCGGCGGGAUCCCGGUGGAGAAAAGCCCCUGCGUCCUCGCGUGUCCCACCCCCCCACCCCCCGGAAGAACAGUAUUUGACCGGCGUGUAGUCCUAGACGAGUGUGCUCUGUAGGGGAACAGUCUGUGUCCUGUAAAGUGUGACUGUGUAGUGUAGGGGCAGGGAGGGAGGGAAGGGGAGGUGGGCCGCGGUGCGGCGACUCGGGCGGGGGUCUUUUUUCGUUCUGGAAGGAAAGCGUCGGGGUUGGGUGGGGGGUUUCCCGGGCGUGGGGACCAGCCCUGUCCGUGAAGCGCAGCACAAGUGCGGCCUGGGGCGGAGCAGUCCCCGGAGCCGCGCCCUUUUCUAAAGGCGUCUGUAUGUAAACAGCCAAUAAAACAAUCGAUUUGAACUGG